AUUGGUAUUAUUAUACUAACAAAGGAACGGAUAAGUAGUUGAAAAUGGAUUGCGUUUGGUUAAUUACGUGUAUUUGUGCCUUUCCCUUACUUAUUUUGCUAAUUUCAAAAUGGUAUUAUUCUUAUUGGAAACGACGAGGAGUUGUACAGUUGGAUCCCGAAUUUUUAUUUGGAGAUAUGAGAGAUAUGCUUACUGGUAAAGUAUCCACAGGAGGAGCCUACAGAAACAUUUAUUCCACAUUUAAAAGUAAAAACCUGAAAUAUGGUGGAAUUUAUUUGGCAUUCAAUCCAGUAUUCAUACCACUAGAUCUUCAGUUGAUUAAAGACAUAAUGCUGAAAAGUUUCAUUCAUUUCCAAGAUAGAGGAAACAACAAUAAUGAAUCAGAUAUUUUAACACAGAACCUGUUCAGAAUAGAAGGUGAACACUGGAAACAAUUGAGAAACAAACUAUCUCCCACUUUCACUUCAAGCCGAAUGAAAAUGAUGUUUGAAACGUUGAACGAAAAAACGUAUCAAUUCAAAUCUAUAAUUGAUCGAUACAUUGAAACAGAUGGUAAAAUCAAUAUGACAGAUUUUUCUGGACGAUUCACCACCGACGUUAUUGGGUCUUGUGCUUUCGGUAUCGAAUGCGAUUCACUAGCGAAUCCGGACUGCGAUUUUAGAGUUUACGGUAAAAAAGUUAACACUCCAAGCCGAUUGAAACAAUGGAUGGAGAAUGUUUUUCCAAGAAAACUUCUAGCUUAUACUGGAUUCAAAAUGUUUGGAGACGUGGAGGAUUUCUAUGUUAAUAUUGUAUCGAAAACCAUAGAGCAUAGAGAGAAAAAUCAGGUAUUCAGAAAAGACUUUAUGCAUUUACUGCUCCAACUGCGUAACAGAGGUGUAUUGUCUGACGAUGGCAAAUUCACGAAAGAAAACAACGAAACUGGUAUUCUGAGGGAUGACGAAAUCGUAGCUCAGUGUUUUAUUUUUUUCGUGGCUGGAUUUGAUACUUCUUCCGUGACAAUGACUAUGGCUCUUUAUGAGGUAGCUAAAAAUAUUCCGAUACAGGACAAAAUGAGGAAUGAAAUACAACAGGUUUUAAAAAAAUAUGAUGGGAAAUUAACCUAUGAAGGUGCCAAAGAGAUGGAAUUUGUUGAGAAAGUAAUAUUAGAGACUCUAAGGAAGUACCCUGUUGUACCGUCAAUUCCAAGGGUUUGUACAAAAAAUUACAUAAUACCUGGAACAAAUAUCAAAAUAGAAAAAGGUACAAAGGUUGAAAUUUCUGUUUGGGGCAUUCAUAUGGAUCCUGAAUAUUAUCCAGAUCCAGAACUAUUCGAUCCGGAACGUUUCAGUAACGAGGAAAAAGCUAAAAGACCCGAUUUUGCUUAUAUGCCGUUCGGUGAAGGACCAAGGAUUUGUAUCGGUUCUCGUUUUGGUAUGCUGCAAACAAAAAUAGGAUUAGCUGGACUGCUCAAAGACUACAAAUAUACAUUUUGUAAAGAUACGCCAGAAAAUUUAUCGUUUAAACCUUCUUUGAUUUUAUUGCAUCCGAAAGAAGAAAUUAUUUUGAACGUUGAGAAAAUAUAAAAAUGGAAUUAGCCUCACUGCGUUUCGAAUAACAAUAAGAGUUUAUAUUUUUAAACAUUUUUUUUGGAAGGGUAUAAUAAAAUUGCAUAAAAUGUGUUGAAAUUUUA